CAAGUGAUGGAACCGAUCAGGCACACUAAGUCCUCUCGGAGUCUUAAGAUGAGAAGAGAUGUACACACACAGUAUUCUUCAGUUUCACUGGAACCAGACCCUGUGGUGAAUAAUGGAUCAGGUAUUCCCUGUAACUUUCAGGCAGACACAAAGGACCCAGCAUGUCAGAUCAACAGCCAGCCUUCCUCGGGAAGUGAGGUCUGCAGGUACUCCUCUCCCAAGCGCUUCCACUGCCCUUACCAGACCAAAACCAGCAUGCAGGGGGAUGUAUACAACUUCCUGGAGCGGCCCAGUGGACGGAAGUGUUUUCUUUACCAUUUCACUGUGUUCCUUAUGGUGCUCAUCUGCCUGAUCUUCAGCGUGCUGUCUACAAUAGAACAGUAUGCAGAGUUAGCAAGUGGGACCCUCUUUUGGAUGGAAAUUGUUCUGGUGGUGUUUUUUGGUUCAGAAUACGUGGUCCGUCUCUGGUCAGCAGGAUGCAGAAGUAAAUAUGUUGGCUUCAAAGGAAGACUACGAUUUGCCAGAAAACCUAUUUCAAUCAUUGAUUUGAUUGUUGUCAUAGCAUCAGUCAUCGUACUGAGUGUUGGAUCGAACGGCCAGGUGUUUGCCACUUCUGCUAUCAGGGGAAUUCGGUUCCUCCAGAUCCUUCGAAUGCUUCAUGUUGAUCGACAGGGCGGCACGUGGAGACUCUUGGGUUCUGUGGUUUUCAUUCAUAGACAGGAGCUUAUUACAACUUUGUACAUUGGUUUCUUGGGGCUCAUAUUCUCUUCAUACUUUGUGUAUCUGGCUGAGAAGGAUGCAGUAGACGAGGAAGGGAAGACAGGAUUUGCCAGCUAUGCAGACGCCUUAUGGUGGGGAGUGGUUACUGUUACUACAAUAGGAUACGGAGACAAAGUUCCUCAGACGUGGAUUGGAAAGUUGAUAGCCUCCUUUUUCUCCGUGUUUGCCAUCUCCUUCUUUGCUCUUCCUGCGGGUAUUCUGGGAUCAGGCUUUGCUCUGAAAGUUCAACAGAAGCAACGGCAAAAGCAUUUCAACCGACAGAUUCCUGCUGCCGCUUCUCUGAUACAGACUCUCUGGCGUUGCUAUGCAGCAGAGAAAGCCAGUGGCUGCUCGGCGACAUGGAAGAUAUACGUGAUGCACUCUGAUUACAUUUCCAAUAGGGCACCAGACAGUCCAAGCCUCAGGAAACUGAGUAAAAAAUACAAACGGAAACUGAAGAUUGGUCAAGAUAAUGGUUCCACAGGUACAAUAAACCCUGUAGAAAAUGCCCUCUCUGUUCCCCAAAUCACAUAUGACCACAUUGAAGAGAAAGAGGACAAGAAAGAGAUUGCCUUUUAUAUUGAAGAACCAUCAGGUCUUACAAGGAUGUUUAAGCAAACAGGUGAGCACCAGUCUUGGAAAACUUUCCAUUUAUCAAAUCCAGGAAGUCCUGUGAAGAAAGGCUCUCCUCCUGAGAUCUCCCGGACUAACAGCUUCAUGGACGACAUGGACUUCAUAGGGGAAGACUCUCCACUGCAGGUCGUGACAAAUGCCUCACAUCUGUCGACAAUUCCUUUCAUGGCAAAGCCCCUGGAUUCGUACUCCACACAACAGUUGAAUUCAGCAAGACUGACUGAGGCACACAAAGCGGCUGUCAAAGUCAUAAGAAGAAUGCAGUACUUUGUAGCCAGACGGAAAUUUCAGCAAGCAAGGAAGCCUUAUGAUGUCCGAGACGUCAUUGAACAAUAUUCUCAGGGACAUCUCAACAUGAUGGUACGGAUAAAAGAAUUGCAGAGAAGACUGGACCACUCUUUAGGAAAACCGGGGAUGUUUCUCUCAGAAAAGGGUCUAGACAAAGGAUACUAUACGGUAGGAGCCAGACUGAUUCGCCUGGAGGAUAAGGUCUCCCAGGUGGACCAGAAAGUGGAGGACAUCUUGAAUAUUCUCACAGAGCAGUUCAGACCUCGUCAGGAGCAGCGGCAGAAGCCGGUAUGGCUCAGCACUAAAGCUGCAGCCAUGAAGCACCUGGGGUGCAGCUUCGACGAGGGCGAGGGUCACUGAUGUGAAGAACUUUCCAAGCUUCAGCAGCAAACUGCAGUCUGAUUCUACCACUGAUAGUGUGGGAUCUCACUGUCCACUUGGAACACCAUCAGCCUUGGUACCUCCCUCCAGAAAUAUUGGCCAUCUUCCUAUUAGCUGAACAAGAAACACCUAAACCUGUGUAGCCCACCUGUAUGUAAAGCUAACAGUUUCCUUCCAACAGCACAACAAGUCUUCUGGUCACGUUUUAUUUUAAGGGCCAUUUUUUAAUUUGUUAA